CCGGGCGCUGUGCUGCGGGCUGCGCUGGUGGGGGGCGGCGGGCCGCGGCGCGGGCCUGGGGCCCGGCUCGUGCGGCUGGGAGGCGCUGUGGGGCGCGGGGGCGCGCGCGGCGGCCGGGGCUAUGGCCGAGGGCGGCGGGGGCGCGCGGAGAAGGGCGCCGGCGCUGCUCGAGGCGGCCCGCGCGCGCUACGAGAGCCUGCACAUCUCGGACGACGUGUUCGGCGAGUCGGGCCCGGACAGCGGCGGGAACCCCUUCUACAGCACCUCGGCCGCCUCGCGCUCCUCCUCGGCCGCCUCGUCAGAAGACGAGCGCGAGCGCCCCGGUACCCCGCGGGCCGCGGCCGCCCAGCCCCCGCCCCGCGCCGCCGACGCUGCGGAGCUCGAGGCGGAAGAGGCAGGUGCCGGCUGGAGCGCCCAGCUGUGGGACCGCCCGUCCCCGCGCUUCGAGGACACCGGAGGUCCAACAAGAAAGAUGCCCCCCAGUGCCAGUGCCAUGGACUUCUUCCAGCUUUUUGUCCCUGACAACGUCCUCAAGAACAUGGUGGUACAGACAAACAUGUAUGCCAAGAAGUUCCAGGAACGGUUUGGGAGCGACAGCACCUGGGUGGAGGUGACGCUCAUGGAGAUGAAGGCGUUUCUGGGCUACAUGAUCUCCACGAGCAUAUCCCACUGCGAGUCAGUCCUCAGCAUCUGGAGCAGUGGCUUCUACAGUAAUAGGAGUCUUGCCCUUGUUAUGAGCCAGGCCCGCUUUGAAAAGAUUCUCAAAUACUUCCACAUUGUGGCUUUCCGCUCCAGCCAGACCACACACGGGCUCUACAAGGUCCAGCCCUUCCUUGAUUCUCUGCAGAGCAGCUUUGACUCAGCCUUCAGGCCUUCCCAAACCCAGGUGCUACAUGAACCCUUGAUUGAUGAGGACCCUGUGUUCAUUGCGACAUGUACAGAGCGGGAACUGCGAAAGAGGAAAAAGCGGAAAUUCAGUCUCUGGGUUAGGCAGUGUUCUUCCACUGGCUUCAUCAUCCAGAUUUAUGUCCACCUGAAGGAAGGCGGGGGCCCAGAUGGACUGGACACACUGAAGAACAAACCACAGCUGCACAGCAUGGUAGCCCGGAACCUUUGUAGAAAUGCGACAGGCAAGAACUACAUCAUCUUCACAGGACCAAGCAUCACCAGCCUGACACUGUUUGAGGAGUUUGAAAAGCAAGGGAUUUACUGCUGCGGACUGCUCAGCUCCAGGAAGAGUGACUGCACUGGCCUGCCACUGUCUAUGCUCACGAACUCCACCACCACCCCUGUCCGGGGCCAGCACUGGAUCAAGAUGAAGGGGAAUAUGUCUCUGAUCUGCUGGUACAACAAAGGGCACUUUCGUUUCUUGACCAAUGCCUACUCUCCCAUGCAGCAAGGCGUCAUCAUCAAGAGGAAGAAUUUGGAGAUCCCCUGCCCUUUGGCUGUGGAGGCGUUUGCUGCUCACCUUAGCUACAUCUGCAGAUACGAUGACAAGUACAGCAAGUAUUUCAUUUCUCAUAAACCAAACAAGACCUGGCAACAGGUAUUCUGGUUUGCCAUCAGCAUCGCCAUCAAUAACGCCUAUAUCCUGUACAAAAUGUCAGACGCCUACCACGUGAAGAGGUACAGUCGGGCACAGUUUGGCGAGAGACUCGUGAGGGAGCUUCUGGGCCUGGAGGACACCUCUCCAACCCACUGAUGCUGCAGCCUCAGGACCCAGGCUUCAGAGAGGACCAGGUUGCAGGAGGGGUGAGAAGACGAGAGACGACCAUCUGAUCCGUCAGCCAGAGAUCUGGAGAUGUCAGGGAUAUGCACAGCCUGUGGGGGGAAGGAGGACUGGCCAGGGCAUGACGGUCAUCCUUAUUUCUACGCAAAGAAGAGACAGAGGAGCAUGUCCUCCCUCUGAGAAGAAGCCGCCCCAGUGCUUUCUGUAGACUUUAAUGCCAGCCAGUUCUGUGAGUCCCCCCCACCCCGAAGGCACUUGCAGAAGUUCCCCAUGGAGCUUAGUUCCCAGUACAGGGACCUGGGAAGGCUGCUGCAGCAGAAGGCACCAGGGACAGCUGGCACAGCAUGUUCUGGAAAUUCCCGCUCUGUGAUGAUGUGAAGACAUUUGCGACCUGGUUUACCAUUUUUACCUGCUUGGAAGCAAGCAGUUGCUGAGGCGGUGUGAGUGUGUAUAAAACCAGGGUUUUUCAACACUUGCAUUGUGUAAGCAGCUAAGGACAGUUGUCAGAGCAGAACCGCAAAUUGGGUGCCAUUAACAUGAAGGGUUGAAAUGGGCAGGUUGUCUUUCUGAUUAAUAACCCAGGCUUCCUGCUCAUCUCAUCACUUUGGCUGCUGGGUGGGGAAGAAGGAAGAAAAAACACCGCUCACAGACUUGCAGUGCAGUGUGAAGCUAUUUUUUAUUUUUAAAUAUAUCUUCAGGUUAUUUUCUUACUGUUGCUUAAGAAUCUUCUGUAAAAGGAAAAAGUCCCCCUUUUCUGCCCCCUCACCCUCCUGCCUCACCCCACCCAUUGCUUCUUGCAUGAUUGUGUUCUGUCUUCUGUGCCCUGCCUCAUGCUAGGGCCAGAAAGGGCAACUUGCUUCCAGAACAAAUAUGAUUAUGCUCCAUCAAGGGUCACAGGUGACCUGUGGACCUUGAGUUUUGUCACUAGUGUUAAGUGACAGAAUUACUUGUUUCCAAAAAUGUGUAGUUCAGCUGAAACAAACACCAGGAGGUCUGUGUGGAUGAGCCUUUACUAACUCUCCUUCAUUCAUGUGAGUACCUAGUGAUAGUUGCCUGUUUUAGACCACACCUUGAAAUCGCUAUGACUGACAUUGGUGAACCCCACGAGCAUAGUGGGCUGCCAUUUUAAGGGACGUGAUUUCCUGGGGGUCAGGUUGCUGCUCCCAUAGGGUCCCAAACUAUAUGACCAGUAGCUGGCAGCAAGGGCCUAGCUUACUUCCUAGAAUAUCUGGGGAUCUUUCCAAAGCAAGAUUCACAUGUCCAUGUGGUCACAUGACUGUAGCUAGAGCACCAGUGGUUCUGGGGAUCAUCACAGACAAGAAACAAGUAAUUUCUGGAAUGACACCACCUGCUUCAGCCCAAUUUAUGUAGCCCCCCCCAUUUUCACAAAUGCAACAUCUGUUUUACUCAGGCUUUGGGACUUUUUUCCUUGUUCACACUCAGUAAAUUAAAAGUGUUGCUGGCUGCAUGCUUCCAAAUUCCAUGUCAUUUUUGUGUAUCUGAGGUUCAUGGUGAUUAUUCUUGACCCGUGGUUCUCAUUAAAUGCCAUGAACUGUAGGCCAAAUCUUAGAUUGUUUCAAAAUACCCUUGCUGUUUCCUUUAAUUGGAUUGAGAGCACUUUUACCACAUGGAGAAAUAUAUUUUUAAUUUGUGAUGCUUUUCUACAAAGCCCACUAUUUCUGAGUUUAAUGUGUUUCCAACACUUGGGGAGACACUAAUGAAAGCUGAUGGAUUUUCUUUUCUGUCCAGAUAAAUAAAAGAAAAAAUAAAAUUCUAUUUAGAUGUUGA